AUGGGCACUGCCAGAGACCUCUGGAUCAGAUGGAAGAUGCUUCGUCUUCCAUGGCGGAAGAGAUUCUUAGUUGGCCAGGACCUCAAAGGAAACACGUUUUGGGAAUUCAAAGACGCCAUCAACCACAAUCGAUGGCGGCGGAUUGUCCAAGCUAAUCGGAAGACUCAUCACUCAGAUGUCCAGAUCUCCCCUCAGUGGCACCAAUGGUUGAGACAGACCCGUGCAGACCCUCCCUCAAUUCAAGAGCAAGCUGCCGACCUGCAGAGAAUAGCACAGAUGCAACAUAAUGCUCGACUGGCAGAUGAAAGAUGGGCUGCCAAAGCCAAAUAUAUUGAGAAGCCAGAGCCCGCCAUUACUCCCCAGCUCAGUGGUGAUCCUCAAUUUGACAGAGUACAAGCUGAACAAGCUCCCAAUCAACCCGGACCAACGAAAAAGACCAAAAGCGCUGUUGAAACAGAUGAUCCUUGGAAAAAGGCUGCAGAAACUGGCGCCAAUCCAGGCAAUACUUGGACACCCGAAGCCUGGGUCCCUGGCGCUGUCAAGCGAUAA